GUUGCUUCACGCUCAGAGCGUGUUGCUGUACCAACUAUCUUGCCUCAAAAUGGAUCCACUGUUGUGCUACCUUCCGCCGGCGUCGUAUUCAUGUCGCCGUCGCCUCGAGUUUGUAGGAAGCGCAGUGCAGGCCGCUUGAGCGUGUUGGCACAGGCUGCUGCUGUGGAAGCUCCUUGCCAGCACCGGGCUCCCGGUCAGGGUGUUUCACAGGUCAAUGUGGUCUACAAGUUUGGUGGCUCGUCCGUGCGUGAUGCGGAGCGCAUGCGGGAGGUUGCGGACAUUAUCUGCAGCUUCCCCCAAUACCUGCCCUGCGUUGUGCUGUCCGCUAUGGGAAAGACCACUAACAUGUUGCUGGAGAGCGGUGACUUGGCGUUGAAGACCAGCACUGACGCCAUUAGCGAGCUUGCGCCCCUCAAGAACAUCCGCAAGCUGCAUCUGGACACAUGCGACGAGCUGGGUAUCGAGCCGUCGGUGCGUCAUGAGGUGGAGCGCCUUCUCAACGAGCUGCAGCAGCUUCUAAUCGGUAUUUCCAUUAUGCAGGACAGCCUGGUUUCAUUCGGCGAGCGUCUGGCCACCCGCAUCUUCGCAUCCUAUCUGCGGGCCCAGGGUAUCCCCGCUCGCCAGCACGACGCCUGGGAGCUGGGUUUGACCACCACGGACGAUUUCACCAACGCCGAUGUGAUCUAUGAGGCGUCGCUGCCCGCCAUUGCCGCUGCGCUGGCGCCCAAGCCCGGCCAGGCGGUGGAAAUCCCCAUCGUGACUGGCUUCCUGGGCCGUGGCCAAACCACAGGCGCCGUCACAACACUGGGCCGUGGUGGUUCUGACCUGACUGCUACUGUGCUGGGCGCUGCUCUGGAGCUGCCUGAAGUGCAGGUCUGGAAGGAUGUGGACGGUGUGCUUACGUCGGACCCCCGCAUCGUGCCAUCCACGCGGCCUGUGACGGAGCUGACGUUCGAAGAGGCAACCGAGCUGGCGUAUUUCGGUGCGCAGGUGCUGCACCCUCAGGCCAUGCAGCCCGCCAUCCGCUCCGGCAAGAUGAACGUGCGCGUCAAGAACUCUUACAACAGAGAGGCCGCCGGCACAAUUAUCUCGGCGGCGCGCGACAUGAAGUGCACCGUGGUGACCUCCAUCGUGCUAAAGUCCAAUGUGACACUGGUGGAUAUCAUCUCUACGCGCAUGAUGGGCCAGUACGGCUUCCUGGCCACUGUGUUUGACACAUUCCGUCGUCACAAGAUCUCGGUGGACGUGGUGGCGACUUCUGAGGUGUCGGUGUCUCUAACGCUAGAUCCUAAGAAGAUUGCCGGCGCGCCGGACGAUGAGCUGUCUCAGGUGCAGACCGAGCUGGACAGGAUGGCCGCGGUGUCGUUCCGCAAGGGCCUGGCCAUCAUCUCCCUUAUCUGCAACGUGGAGAAGACCAGCGAGAUUCUCAUGCGGGCUUUCAGCGUGUUCCAGCGCGAGGGCAUCAACGUGCUCAUGAUGAGCCAGGGCGCUUCCAAGACCAACAUCUCGCUGGUGGUGGACGGCGCCCGCGGCACGGAGGCGGUGCUGGCGCUGCACCGGGAGUUCUUCGAUGGCCCGUCGGUGUGCGCCAUCACCGGCCUACCGCUAGCGCAGGGCAUCGCGGUCGGCCUGGGCGGUAACGGUAACGGCAAUGGCAACGGCCACUCUAAUUAA